AUGCAAGCAAGUUCACUCCCAAACCCUCCUCCUCCGAUUCUUGCCCAAAUAUAUCCGAGACUAGAUAGCAGAAUAGAUAGCAACUUUCUUAAUAUACCUUCAAUCGUAACAUCUCCUUCCAUACCUACCUCAGUGUCCGAAUCUUUCCUGUUCAACUAUCAACAAGAACCCUUGAAUAGUCCUAUUUCCCAGGCAAUAUCAGCACCGGUCACUCCCACAAAUAGUGUGACUCCUGGUUUCUCUCAGCCACCCAGAAGAGGUAAAGGAAAUCAAAAUGGUAGUAACUCUUCCAACGACGGAAAGUCCAACUCAAAAAGCAAUAGUAAUUUAGCGCAUAUUCCUUGCAAAUUUUUCAAGAGUGGUGCCUGCACGGCAGGGAAAAAUUGUGUCUUCUCUCAUAGCAAGGAUCCUCCAUCUGAUAAUUACGUUUGUAAAUACUUUUUAAAAGGGAACUGCAAAUUUGGAAAUAAAUGUGCUCUUUCCCAUACUUUACCAAAUGAACGUAAAUCAAGUUCAAAUGGUAGAACUAGCGGCAGUAGCAAAAAUGUUAAUGGAUCAAGGAGUAGUAUUCCAAACAGUAUGAUUCAAGAAAUUAGGUCACCUAUAAUGCUUCCGCAAGGAUACAGCCAAGAUCUUAAUGAUUUUCAACCUCUUAAUUCUCCUGGAAUUCCUUUCACGCGUAUUCCUAUCAGUCCUGAAUAUGCGAGCAGCCACAGACAAUUCAGCCAUAAAUCAAUAUUUUUACCACUUUCUUAUGUCAGUGAUAGUGGAAUGCUUUCACCUACCGCCAAUACUCAUCAACAUCUUCAUAGCAUUCCUGAACUUCAUGAUUACCCACAUCAUGAAGAAGCCAUCUUUGAAGAUUUUAGUGCAUAUGAAUAUGAAGAACUUCUUCCCUCCUCGUUAAAUGAUUUGUUAACUCCAACUGAACGUGAGAGACGUCGAAGUAGGCAGGAAGAAUCUUCAGAAAUAAGUCCUAGGAGAUUAUUCAAUAGUUCUUCAUCUGUGAUGCAUCCUGUGCACAUGGACAGUCAGCAUCUUAAUUAUUAUAACUCACAUGCUGAUCCUACACAUAUACAUUUUGCAGGAAGAUCUCUGCCCGCUAAUUAUAUGAAUCAAAAUGAAGGACAACAAGUUAAUAAUGGAUACAAUAGACAACAUCUGUUUGGAUUUCCUGGCAUGAGAAAUGUUUCAAUUAAUAACAAUUAUGGCGAAGAUUGGAAUGAUCAGCUGUCCCCUCUUAGUCCAUUAGUUUCUAUUCACAAUCAAAAUCAUCAUCGUUUUAGUAAUAACAAUAACAAUAGUCCUUCAGGUUAUUCGUCCGAUCAUCAUGGUACUCCAGCUAUCAACAUUCCCUUACCUCACGAAUUUCAUCAAACUGGUGCAAACUCACCUAUGUAUCCUGGCAUUAUAGGCCGACCAAAUGGAAAUAACAAUGUCAACGGAAAUAGUGGUAAUAACAGUAAUACCGGUGAUCGUCCAACUACUCCAGAUCCAUUUAGUCCUUUUGGAACUGACGACGAUGUUUUCGUCUUCUUUAACAUGGAAGAAGAUAAAAAUGACCAAGUGCAAACAGAAUCAUCACCUUCUAAAUCAUCUGAACAAUUGAAAACCCCACUAUCAUAUUCCGCAAUUACCAAAACGGGUUUGAAGGAUUCUGGUGCAACUCCCGGACUCAGUAUCGACUCGAGGCGUUAUGAGCCGUUAUGCCCCUUCGGAAUUUCUGGAAACUGUCGAUAUGGAGAUCGAUGUCAUUAUCUUCAUGGUAUGCCUUGUCCUUCUUGUCUUAAACAUGUUCUGCAUCCUUAUCAUAGUUCUGAAGAACAUCAAGAACACAUUAACGAAUGUAUUAACAAGCAAAUCCAAGUUGCUGAUGGUGUUAGACCAGAAGAUCUUAAAUGUGGAAUUUGCCUUGAAAAAGUAUUAUCAAAAGAAGAUGCUCGUUUCGGUCUAUUGAAUUGCGAGCACGCGUUCUGUCUUCAAUGCAUUCGUCAAUGGAGAUCAAAUAUCACCAUGGAAUAUCAAGUUAUUCGUGCUUGUCCAAUUUGCAAAACAUCAAGUCAUUUUAUUACCCCAAGCACUACCUGGAUCACAGAUCGUUCCGAGAAGCAAAGGGUGAUCAACGAAUACAAACGAAAGUGCAGUACAAUUCCAUGCAGAAAUUUUAAUUAUGGGGAAGGGCAAUGUCAAUUCGGCAUUUCUUGUUUUUAUGCACACACCUAUCGCGAUGGAACAAAAGAAGACAUUCAUUUUCGCACUAUUCAAAAUGGAGAAGAAGUUAAGGUCCUAGAUAAUGUUCGAUUAUGGGAUUUCAUGGAAGAUUUUACCAACAAGUGUAUGGUGUCUGAGAAUUAUAAUAAUGUACUUGAUGUCGUUGUUAAUGAUGAUAACGAUAAAUUAUUGAAUAGAAUGGAGAUCAAUAACAUGACUCCAAAUAAUUAUGAUAAUAAUGACACUGAUGGAUCAGCAGAUACCCCUACAAUUACAUCGAGCUUAUCUGUCGAUUCGCCAGUUUUCAUUCCUUUUGGUAAUAGAACUGAAAAUUGA